AAGAUCUUUGAAGAUUAUAAAGAAUCAUUUUUAAAAUUAAUAUAAGAAGAAAUAGUUAAGAACACUCAUUUAACUCGAAUUGAUUUAUUAUUCGAAUCAUUCACUGAAGAUGUUCCUCGAUUAAAUGAUGAAAAGAAGAAAGUUCCCGCGGAGCAUGUAGUACGCACAUUCAUCAAUCGAUGUAAACAAAUAAAUUCGUUAUUGAAUAUAAUUGUGGAUGAACGAUAUACGAAUGCCAUCGAGGAAGCGAAGAUGAUAGAUCAAUUCCUCAGUACUGCUUCUGAUGAAGAUUUGAUAAUACUGCAAUCAAAACAACCACUUUUAGGUGUUCCUUUCACAACAAAAGAAAGCAAUGAAGUAGAAGGUUUAUUACAUUCAAUGGAACUCAACUUAUGGGUAGAGUCAAGAAAUCUCAUCUAUGGACAAUCUAAUAAUCCGUAUAAUAUUACAAGAACUGUAGGUGGGAGUAGUGGUGGAGACGCUGCAACAGUAGCUGCGUGUGGAGCUCCCUUUGCUCUUGGCAGUGAUAUUGGUGGAUCCAUUCGGAUGCCAGCAUUUUUUAACGGUGUUUUUGGAUUCAAACCCAGUUUUAGUACGUUUGAUACGAAUAUAUACUGUAUAUUUUUGAAUUUUUCAGUUUGUUGCCUAAUAAAGAGAUUCAUAAGGCUUUGCUGGACUUGGCAUCCUUUUGGUUAUAAUCGUGGUUCUGAUAAAACUUUACUCAGUCCGAACUGACCCUAACUUGUCUGCUUUAUAGUACUCCUGUUAGGGAUUCUUCACUUAUCGUAAUCAGACACUAAAAAGAAGCCCUGAUUAAUAAUACAAUACUAAUACAACCUUAUCCAGUCACAACUUAAAUUUUCGCUCAUAUAUCUGUUAAGUUACUUACAUUCUAUAACUAAAAAUUUUAUCAAAUUCAGUAAAUUUCUUCAGCAGUAAGUGAAUAUAUAUUUACACAUUUAUACUUUGUA